AUGAAGAUAUACUAUAUUGGCAUUCUCACAUCCACCGGAGACAAACCGGUUGAGCUCUGCUCCGCCCGAGAUCUCUCCCAGUUCUCGUUCUUCGAGCGUACCUCUGUAGGCCAGUUCAUGACUUUCUUCUCCGAGACUGUUUCCCAAAGAACCGCCGCUGGAAGCAGACAAAGUAUUGAAGAGGGCAAUUACGUUGGCCACACUUACACCAGAGCCGAGGGCUUGUCCUGUGUAAUCAUCACUGACAAAGAAUACCCUGUCAGACCAGCAUACACAUUAAUCAACAAGAUCCUAGAGGAAUACUUGUCCUUGCAUCCAUCCAAGGAGUGGACUGGUGCCACUCAGACCAACCCUGCAUUGCAAUAUGCCCAGUUGGAUAGCUACUUGAAGAAGUACCAGGAUCCUAGCCAAGCUGACUCGAUCAUGAAGGUGCAACAGGAGUUGGACGAGACUAAGAUUGUGUUGCACAAAACCAUUGAGAGCGUUUUGCAGAGAGGUGAGAAGUUGGACUCUCUUGUCGACAAAUCCGAGGCUUUGUCAUCUUCCUCUAGAAUGUUCUACAAACAAGCAAAGAAGACCAACUCGUGUUGUGUUAUUGUUUGA